GAGGCAUCGAAGUAGCACCGAUUUUUCCGUUAACUUGUUCAUCCACACAAUUACACUUCAUUUUUCUUAAUCAUCUCGUAUUUUCACAUAAUCCACUACAACAAUGUUGCUUUUACUCUGAUUUCUUAUUCCACUCUACAUUGGGAAAGCAAAUUUUGCAGUCCAAGAUUCACAAAUUCUAUACUAUAUCAAUCACAUGUAUUUGUCAAAAAGGGGCUUUCCAUUUAUAUGUUACUCAUGAAAAAUCCUUCAGGGGGAGAGUAAAGUUUCAAGAUGAAGCAAAAGGAACAAAGCCCACCACCUUCUCCAUGCACACCUUCCGGUCGACUUCGUCAGCGCAGACAUUCGAAGUCACAAGAGGUGUUCCCUGAUGUAAGCAAAUUGAAUGGAGGCAACUUACUUGUUCAUGAUCAAAAUAAAUAUAGGUCCAUGUGGGUUCGGACGUAUUCUUCUUUAUGGAUGCUUGGGGGUGUUGUACUUAUUCUGUAUUUGGGCCAUCUGUAUAUUUGUGCAAUGGUGGUCGUUAUCCAAAUAUUAAUGGCAUCGGAGCUAUUUCAUUUACGUAGAAUAGUACAUGAAAGUAAGCGCCUUCCAGGAUUCUGGCUUAUCAAUUGGUAUUUUUUCUUUACAGCAAUGCUUUAUGUGUAUGGCCGAAUUCUCCGUCAACAUCUCGUCAAUACUGUUACUUCAGAUAAAUUCUUCUAUAAACUCGUGAAUGGCCUUUUCAAGUAUCACAUGGUUAUUUGUUAUUUUAUGUACAUUGCAGGAGUGAUGUGGUUCAUUCUUACACUAAAGAAGAAGAUGUACAAGUAUCAAUUUGGUCAGUAUGCAUGGACACACAUGAUUCUUAUAGUGGUCUUCACGCAGUCCUCGUUCACUGUUGCUAAUAUAUUCGAAGGAAUUUUCUGGUUUAUUCUUCCGGCUUCUCUUAUAGCAAUCAAUGAUGUAGCAGCUUACUUUUUUGGUUUCUUCUUUGGGAGGACACCUUUAAUCAAGCUAUCCCCAAAGAAAACAUGGGAGGGCUUUAUAGGAGGAUCUUUCGCUACUGUACUGUUAGCUUUUAUGCUUGCAAAUAUUUUGGGGCAGUUCCAAUGGAUGACAUGCCCGAGAAAGGAUCUAUCAACAGGUUGGCUUCAUUGUGAUCCCGGCCCACUUUUCAAGCUCGAGUAUUAUCCUUUUCCUAAGUAUCUUACCGAAUUGUUACCUUGGAAGGGAAUGUCGAUCUUUCCAGUGCAGUGGCAUGCUUUAUGGCUAGGUUUAUUUGCAUCAAUUAUUGCACCAUUUGGAGGUUUCUUUGCAAGUGGUUUAAAGAGAGCUUUUAAGAUCAAGGAUUUUGGCGACAGUAUACCUGGGCAUGGCGGCUUUACAGAUCGGAUGGAUUGCCAGAUGGUGAUGGCCAUAUUUGCCUACAUUUAUUUUCAAUCAUUUGUCCUUCCUCCAGCAAACUCGGUAGAGAUGAUAUUGGAUCAGAUAGAAAGAAGCUUGAGCUAUGAAGAGCAACAAAAACUGUAUGCAAUGCUUGGCCAUAUAUUUGAGGAGCAGAAAUAUGGGUAUCUGUGAACCAAAAAAAAGAAAAGAAAAGAAAGACAGAGCUCCCAUCUGAGGUUGUGAUUUACCUUCAUUUUCUUCCUGUGGUGGAGUUAUAUAGCAUCGGAUCGGUCCGAUCAAGUGAAGACCUUUUGCAUGCUGUUCGAUUCCUUAAUCCAUUAUGUUAUGAGUAGGGACAAAUGAAAGACAGCUACUAAUUUUCAUUAUUUUCUUGCUAAUAUGGAUUCAAACAAGGUGAAGAAC